AUGAAACUUCCACUCCAAUAUUUAAAUUUGCCGACAUUAAAAAGAAAAAAUAAUAAUUUAUUGAACACUGCUUUUCGAGAGAAAUGGCUAAAGAAGAAUUCAAACCUGAAGCCAUUCAAAUUUUGUUGUUCUCUGGAUUGUUUCGAUCCUCUUUCGCGAUACGAUCAACGAAAGCCACCCUAUAAAUCUUCACUAACGGCAAUAACUUCUGUACACGAAUGUCCAGUGACUAAAAUGCAAAUAAAAUUUUCCACAUCCCGACUUGCUCGGGAGAAAAAGAGACCGGCCAAAACAAGAAUAUCAGAUGCAAGAGAACAGCAACAACCACUGAAGAACAGUAGAUUAAAUUAUUUUCAGAGCAGGAAAAAUAAUCGCUUUAUAAGGCAACAUCUAGAAGAUAAAAUUGCAUUAGCAAAGGAUAUUUUCUGGGCAAAAAAGAAAAGAAUUUACAAGGAGGCAAGCAACAAGGCGAUAAAAAUAGCAAAGAAGAAAAGUCAGAAAUACUUAUUAAAACUGAUGAAUUAUCCAAGAUGGUACCAAGAUUUUUCCCCGGAUCAAAUGAAGCAUUUAAUGAAAUUGGAAAAUGUAAUGCUCACCGAUUACGAAGAGACAAAGACAAAUGGCACGCAAACGACACUAAUAGCUAUUGGCAUUACUUCAACGUUGUUUAAAUUAAACCCGAGUACCAUAAAAAAAUUAUAUAAAUCAUGCAAAUUGAAUAGCGUCGAUUUUCUACGAGAAAUUUACAGAAUCUUAACGGGAAAUGAUUUCUGUGAAGAAGGAUAUAAGAACAUUUACAAUUGCAAUGAGAGAAUAAUAUUGUCGGCCAUUGCAUUUUUAACAUUGCCAGAAACAGUGAAGGAAUUACAUAAGAGAUUGCCAGCAGUGACUAUGCCAAGAUUACCAUCGAAACCAAAACUAACAUAUCUGGAGAGACGAAAAGAUAUCUGUCCUUAUAAGGAAGAAUUGUUUAAACGUCCCGAUUGGGCUGGUUAUCGAAAUGCUUUGCAGGAAUGGCGAAAACAUUAUAAAUUAACUGCAAUUCCGAAAAUAAUCCCACUGAAUAAUAAAUAUGGCCAGGUUUUUAUUGAUAAUAGAUCAGAUGUUAAAAACCGAAGGAAAGAUAUUUCCACUGAACAUCUCAAAGAAAUCGGUACAAAGGAAUUACAAAAAAUUUCCUCAACUAUGUAUGAUUGUCAGAAAGGUCCACCGAAACCGCCAGGAGCAGAUAUAAAAUCUUGGCUGAGAAAGAAGGAUCCUCAUUAUAUGAUAGCUGGAGUAUCCACCGAAAAUGAUUAUCCUAUAACUUACGAGAUCGCAGGCGUUGCCAAUGUGACACCCAUCAACAGCGACGAAAAAUUCUUCGCGACGCUGAAACUCGACGACUACACCAAAAAGGUUUUUCCCAGUGGCAGAGAAAAUCUGUCAAUAAGUUGGCAAGAGUGGCUGCAAAACGCCGAUGAAAGCUAUAAACAAUUAGAGGAAAAAACUGAUGAGAUAAUGAAGAGUGUGCAGGCAAUUAUGAAAUCGAUGCUUCCUGCACCCUUUUGCGAUAGUUGCUGUUCCUGCCGACAGACUAGAAAAUUUGAAGAACAAUUGCAACAAAGCAAGGCAUUAAUUGAUGGAGAGAAAAAUAUACAUAUCAUAGAUUCGAUGCAAUCUUCAGGAGAAAAUCCAACAGAAUUGCCGAUUAAUCAGGUUCCUGAGGAUGAGAUUAGAACAGACAUAAUUCAGCCUAUUAAAAAUGUUCCACCUUGUUCAUGUGUUCAUUCUAUUCAACAAAUGGCUAAUAAGGAUAUUAGUCUAUCUAUAAGCAAGGAAAACAUUCCUUGGACGAAAGAAGGAUUGUGUCCCGGAAUGAAGUAUAGACCAAAAGAACCAGGAUAUAUCCAACCAGCGGUUCUUUCAGAAGAAUUAUUGGCAAUUAGUCAACGUAUUCCAGAAAAGAAAACUGAAAAGAUAGAUGACGAAGAAGAGACACGUGGAACCAAAAAGGAACCUUGCUGUUGGAGAACGAAGUCGGAGCAGGAACUUCCAGCGAAAAAGACUGUGGCCUAUCUCUGCGAGCCGGAUUAUCCUCUAGAGACAAUGGCAGUACGUCCUGGAGGACAACUUUGCCAAUGUAGGGUUACGUAUAAUAUAAGUGGUUUGGUUGAAAGAAAAACUAUCAGAAAGAAAUUAAACGAAGAGGAUAGAAUAAUUGACGGUAUCCUUUAUGUUACGCCACCCAUUAGUCCCCGAAGAAGUGACGAAUAUAUUCCAGAAUAUGAUCUUUUCAAAUCGCCAUACGACAUGUGUGUUAGCGAAGCUGUGGAUAACAGGUUGAAGCUAUUAGAAAAGUAUUCCGGACCCAAAAGUUUGAUAGAAAAACUACGGAAAAAACCAAAAUCAUGCAAUUGUUGUAAUGAUGUCGUCAUCAAAGAAGAUUACCUCAUCGAUCAAAAGAAAGAUUUUGAAGAGACUAGAAAAAAGUUUAUGGAAUCCAAAUCACCGGAAGAAAGAUGGAAGACAGCUUUGAAGGAUACAGCACUGACAGAUUAUUUUACACGGCGCGACAAUACAUCUGGACCUUGCUGGACGACUUGCAAGAAAAUUGCUCGGAGUUACAGACCUUGUCGAUUGAAGGUAGUAAAGCCUGUGUGUGAAUGUAAAUAUGAAAGAAAAAUUGUGGAGCGAAAUGAAGAAAGAAUGGAAUGGAAGACACGUCAACAAAGAUUGAAGAAUUUGAAGAAGCAAUCUUUCGUACAUAUUGUCGGUAUCUCAAGACCAGUGAUAGAGGAUAAGAUUAUUAUACCAGAUGUGAAGAAAAUCCCACGGGAAGACGAGAAAGAUGACGUUGAGUAUUGUAUAUCAGAUGUGACAGAAGACGUUUUUAUGUCGCCACCUCAGAAAAUAAUUGACGGUCUGAAAAUGUCUUCGCCCUUCCAAACACCCUCAUCCAGUGUAGAAGAUAUUUUACGAACUACUGUUUUGCGACAUUUGUCGCCCACGAAUAUUCCAUCAUGUCCGUUGUCGAGGAAGGACGCCGUCUUAAAAGAAGAAAUGGAGCAUACAAAGAAAGAAGACGAAGCAUUAAAGAUUAUUUAUAAGUAUAAGGACAAACAAGAUACAUCUUAUUUAAUGAUUCAUAAUUACCAAGAUGAAUUGAUUAAAAAAGUUGAUAAGAGAAUACUUAAUAAGGAAAAUCAUAUAAAUAUAAAGAAGAAAACAUCUAAAGAAAUAGAAGGAUUACAAUCAUUGAAUAAGAAGACUGACAGCAAAAUAGAACAUCGAAGAGGCGUACCAUAUAAAGAAACUACUGGCAAAAUAAUUCAUAAAAAUAAAUAUUCCAAGGAAAUUAUUAACGAAAUCGAUCAGCAAAAUGUAUCACACAAACAAAUCGAAAAAACAGAAGAAAAGAUUGACGAUAAGAGUCAUCGGAUGAGCGGCGGUGGCGAUAAGAAAUAUAAAAAGUUUGAUCAACUUAUAGCGAUUAUGAAGGUCGAAUUGAAGAAAAUGGCUGCAGAAGGUUAUAUAUUCGCCAAGUUACCGAAAUGUUAUCUAAUGCCGCAGCUUCAGGAUUGGGUCAUGUACAGGCAGGGUGUUGUUUUCUCGGAAACAGACAAAAAAAAUUUGAUGCGAGAGACCCGUAUCAUGUGGGACGUAACAAGUAGAAAAAUGGUUAUGGAAUUCGAGAAACCAUCAUUGCACAUGACGAGACAUCAGUUGAAGAGAUUGACCUUCGAUCAAGCCGAGAGACUCAAGAAAAAGAGAAUGGAAAACUGCAAUGUAUUCUGGUAUUACACUGUGAAACUAAACUGCGUUCCAACAAGUACUUUACACAGUGGAACACAAUGUAACGUCUCUGUGUCCUACCUGGAAAACAGCCAGUGUGAAUCCUACAUUUCAAGUAUGUUAGGUUCAUUCGGAGCGACUCUGAACAGCUCUCGAGAGACAAAUGUCCGGAUCCGUGAACGCUCGCUGCUAUUGGCUUAUUUAGAUCAUCCAAUAGCAGCGAGCGUUCAUGGAUCUGCUCCGCAACAGUUGAAUGCUGAAUGUGAGUUAUCUGUUAAGGCACAACAGGCCUGCUUAAAUACAACAGGCACAAGCAAUAGGCACAGGGAAUAA